CAAAUAGAUAGAAAGGGUUAUCAAAAUCUCCCUCCUUCCUUUGUAAUGAAUGCUCCAGCCACUUGCACCAGCCUCAAUCAAACUGGGAUCGGUCAUGGGUAAACAUACACCCGAUGCAAGGCCACAAGGCGUUAAUUCUUCCGAUUUUCAGCGAACCUUGAGAAAUUCCAAGCUCGUGAGGUCACGAUUGUAAAUUAUAUCGUUCAGGCAAUUGACUCUUCCUCCACCAGUCAAUAUGGGAUCUGGCGCUUCGAAACCUGAGGAACCCCCCAAGGCACAAGUAUGGUCCAGGUAAUUCUUCCAAUAAUCUACACAUGUUUCUGCCGGCAAGCUCUGAUAUAUCUGGUCUGGUAGUGAAACACCUGUGAGGUUCUCGGAACAACUUAUAAAUUCUUUGCAAUCGAGUUCAGAAGUACACUCCCUCCUUUCUAUAUCUCUGAGAAUGUAAAUCUAACAUACCCCAAAGUCCGAUUCUACCCGCGCCAAAACCCUCGAACUUCACAUCCAAGCCCGCGUCGCCAGCGAACUCAAGAAACUCCAAGAGCGCGCCAGUAAAGACUUCGAAGAACUUACCGCCAAACUCUCUACUGAAGAAUCUUCGUCUCCAUCGGAGGAGAAAUCUGCAGGCGAUAGCUUAAGACAAUUGGGCAGAAACGCGGUCCAGAAAGAUGUAGAGGGGUUGAGGAAGAAGUUGGAGCAGAGGAAGAAGCUGCAGGAGUUGGAUGAGGAGGUUGAAAAGGCAAAGACUGAGGUGGUUAGGUGUUUGAGAGAGAAUGACAGGAGGCCAUUGGAUUGUUACAAGGAAGUGGAGGCUUUCAGACGGGAGGUGAGGAGGUUGGAGGCUAAGUGGGUGGAGGGGGUCGUGAGAUAAGCUGGGGAAACGUCCACAUGGGAGGGGAGAAGGAUUAUCAUACGGGGGGCUAAAUGAUGGGAAGAAAUGAAUGAAGGUGUCUACGGAUCCACCGUGUACAGAAUACGUCUUAACAAAAAGAAUCCAUGGCUGGAAGUUUGGUUACAAGAUCGAGAUGAUGUGGAGUGUCAAAUGCAUCAGGUUUUGAUAUCACUAUAAUCCACAGGAGCAGCUGUGGUUCCCGGUGGAAGCUCCUCCGAGUCCUGAUUCUCUAUUUCCUCACUCCUCUCU